AAAUAAGAAUAUCCCUCAUUCGGUCCUUGGACUUUCUAGUUUCAUAAAAGCACGAUUUCCCCAGUCGUGCGGCAAAAUGAAUGAGAAAAAAUUCCCCCUAAACUCCAAAACUAGCACUUAUCAUUCAGAUGGAAAUCGAAGGUUCAGAUGGGUCAAAAACCCUAAUUAAUCCCAAUUCAACCGCAGUAUUUGGCAGAGGAAAUGGGUUUAAUUUAAACGACUUAUCAGUUUCUCGUCGUCAAAUUUCAUUCGACUUCAAUUCCUUGCACGACAUCCAAACAGACCCUAGGGUUUCAUUUGAAGUUUUGGGAAAAAACCCAAUUUGGGUUUACAAAAAACACCAAGAUAACAAUGAAAACAUCAAACUUUUUAAGAGAUUUCAAAGGGGUGAAUUGGGUAUUCAUGAUUUCUUCUGUGUUUCUGCCAAAAACCCUGUUUGGUUUACUCUUAAGAAGGUUGAAGAAACACAAAGUGAGGAAAUUAAGGGAAGAAUUAAUGAUGAAUUGAAUCAAAGUUUAGAAUCUGCUUCUGGGUUUAAUGGAAAUGAGGAUUUUGAGUUGGGUUUUGUUGAUGUUUCCAAUAUUGAUCCUGUUCAAGAGUUUGGUUUUCUUGUGAUUGGACAUGAGUUUGAUCAGUAUCCAAAGCAUAUGAUUCGUGAGAUCAAUAAAUGGGAUUGGUUCCUUGAGGAUCUCAGGAGAGAUACUGAUGACGAGGAGGAUUCUGAGAAGAAACGAAGUAUGGGUGGAAGGAGGAAGAGGAAGAAAACUAAUGUAGCAGAUGAUGAUGCAGAUGAAGAGUGGACUGCUGAGAGCGAAGGUGAGAAACAAACUACGAAUGCAAGGAAGGCCCAAAGACCGAAGUAUCAAACUCGAUCGAAAGAACAUAGUGUAUGCCGAAAAGGUAGAUCAAAUAGUGAAUUGUCCGCUCAAACAAACAGAAGGGAGGAAGAGGAGGAAGAAUCUGAAGAUGAGGAGGACGAGACUUUAGGAGGCUUUAUUGUCGAUGAAGAUUCUGCAGAAGAAGAUGAAAUUGAUAAAGAUGAAGAGGAAGAGGAAGAGGAAGAGGAAGAAGAAGAGGAAGAGUUUAUUGAAGAUGAAGAUGAAUUAGAGGAUUGACGGCACAUGUGUAUUUUAAGAUUAGUGUUUCAAUGUCUUUUCUGCGCCUUGUAUAGUUGUAUAUAUAAAUUAUAUUCACAGAUUCACCUGUUCAUUUCUUUGACUCCUUUGAUGAACGAUACAAGUAGGAUGAGUUGGUUUUUUGUUGCA